UAAUAAUAUGAGCCAGGAAAGCUGAAAAGUUGGAUCGCAUCAUUCACGCGUCGUAUGUUAUACUAAGGCACCUCAAACAAUGCUGGAAAGUACAAUUCUAAACCAUCGACAGCAUGUUGGACUGCAAAAACUCUCAGCGCUGGCAGGAGUCUCACAUUCCUGUUUGGGUCCUAAUAAAAAGUACAAGUUCAUCCAAGAUGACGUGUGUGGGGAAUCAGCUCUUGCGUGUUCGUGUUUUCGUAUUAUUGAGAGCCUAGAGUUGACCUGUGCAGUCGGUCAGCUAGUUCACGAGACCAUUCAAGCCCACCAGAACGUCUACCAUACAGGGUCGGGAUGCUUGCUGUUUCUCGCUGGAGCUUGGAGCCGUGCUGCCCUGGACUGUCUUCAGAGAGGAAUUUCAGUGGCACACAUAAUCUCGGCUAUGUCUGAAGGGAUGGAUGUAUGCAUGGAUGUCUGCAGGAAAUGCACCAUUUCAACUGAGGGUCUUGCUGUGAAGAGAGACACUGCGACAUCCAGUGGUUUACAACUUCAGCUGGCAGAGAAACUAACCACGAAUGCCUCACGGGUAUCAAACGUUAAUCACAAGACUCUAAACAUCAGUGAACAGAGAAAAAUAAAGCUCAGCAGGCAUUUUUGUGAGACCAAGCCUCAACCUCAGCUUCCUGACAUUACACACAUUGCUGAGGGAUUGAGCCACGGUUGUGACGACACAAUGACACUAGUAGUCGAAGCUUUUCAGAGGCUCUUAAAAACAAAUCAGCAAGACACCAGUCAGUUCAUGUUUGACAUAUCUAAAGUGGUCACAUGUGUGUUGCCUGGUUUACCAGAGCAGCAUGCUUGCGUUGUUCCAGGCUGUGUUGUUCUUCUCUCUGCUGAACAAACUCUGGUUGCCCAUCACUUAAAUGAACAACACCUGAAGGUUGUUCUCAUCAAUGGAGAUUUAUCAGACACCUAUCGACACCUUGGCUUUAAAAGGCUGAAAGGUGUACAGCGUGUGAGUGACCAGUUGUCAGCUUCGAGCAGAGAGGAUGAAUGGUUGGCAAAGGUAGUUGGACUUCUGUUAAAUCUGGAAGUGAAGCUGAUACUAGUCAGUGGGCUUGCUAGUGAGAAAGUGAUCCAGCGCUGUUGUACACAUCAUGUACUUGUGGUGGAGAAAGUGAAGGUUUCAGUUUUGAAGACUUUUGCAGAUUCAACUGGAGCCAUUCCGGUGACUUAUGCCACGCAGUUGAGUAAACACUGUGUUGGCAGCGGGGCGGGGGUGAAGAUAUGGAGGGACCUCGGCAGCCAUGACAGCAAAUCUGCAACAGCUGUGAAUGUUUCCGCCGGUAUGAGCAGCGAACUGGUGACGGUGGUCCUUACAAGCUGCGUACACGGCAAGCUGCAGGCGCUGGAGGAUCAGUUUUGGGCCUGUGCGUAUCGUUUACACCAUGCGCUGAAAGACAGAGCCCUUCUACCUGGUGCUGGACGGACAGAAAUGCUUUGUAUUCAUCACCUAAAACAACUAGUGGAGUGCAGCAGAGAGACGAAUCACAGCCAACAAACCACAAGAGGGACGGCAGCUAACCACUACAGGGGUGUAGUGUUGCACCUAAUGGCAGAAGGUUUAAUAGAUUACAUAUCCACUGUAAUGGUUAACACAGGGAGGUUUUCAAAAGUCAAAGCCAGGAUGGUGCUGAGCCGACAACUGCAGAACUGUAACAAACAUUUAGGUAUUUCUGAAAACUUCUCACAGCUUUUCUUGGAGGAUGACGGAGAGGAUAGUGCAGUUUUCUCAGAAAUGAAACCUGUCGAAGCAGUGGAAAUUUAUGAUAAUCUGAGCGUAAAGCAAGAAGCAUGGAGGAAGGCCUUAGAUCUCGUUUUCCUGGUUUUACAGACUGAUGCAGAGGUCAUCACAGGUGUGGGCCAAAAAACUGAUGCUGCACUGGAAAAUGUGACCCUGUUAUGAUCUUUAGGCAUCAUCUCUAAGACCUACUUGACUGUACACAACUUUAAUUACUGAUAGGAGAAAAUGUUUAUUUUGACUGUGACUCUUUUUUGGAAUUUUUUUUUGUAUAUAAUUUGUACAAAGUACAAUAAAGUCUUUUUAUUUUCUGA